CAAAAGAUGAUUCUGCCUGUUGACAUACCUAAAACAAAAUAGCCAUUGGAAAAUCUGUCAAGAUAUUUGUAGGUAAGAUUGGUGGGUAUUUUAGUAAGUAAAGUGUAGUAAGAAAGCAAGUUGGUAGUUACAGCUAAUGCAGAAGGCUAGAGCUGGAGAGACAGAACCUUUUACAAAACAGAACAUAGCUACAGUGCAUAAUUCAUAAUAGGGCAGACUUGGAAGUUGAGGCAUGAAUGAGAACACAGCCUCAUCCACAGUGGGUGAAAUCACAAACCCUGUGAAUGUGAAUAAGCAAAGUUUUAAAGCAUAAUCUUGCAUCUCUGAGACUUGGGUUACCACUACGCAAGUGCAGACAUCUGAAUACCUGAAACAGCUGAGGCCGGGAGAAGGUAUAGCUCCUUCCCCAGAGGAAGAACUGAAAGAUAUUGGAGAAGAGGAUUGAACCAAGUGAACUGACAUCUGAAUGGUUUUAUCCACAAAGAUGUACAUUUACUAGUACAAUUUCAAGUCCUCGGUAUGUGGAUGUUGAUUGUGGAGUUAUAAGUGUAUCCAACACUGUCAGUUACACUGGAAGACCAAGCCCUUUGUUUGUGGAGCCGUCAUCUUGUUUGACCAGGUCCGGAUGCUCCGAAACUCAGCCAGAAAGCAGCAUAGAGCUGAUCUUCCGAAAUUCUGAGAGCAGGAAACGUGCCCUUGAAGAAAGCCUCAAGAAUGCUCAGAGUGCAAUACAGCAUCAGUCAAAAAAACUGGAGCAACAGCAGACAGAAGUCCUCACUAGUGAAGCUACUAUUAACACUCUGUUAGCACAGCAAAAGGUAUUGGAAUUAAAAACCGCCCAGAUAAAAAAAAUGAAAUCUAUAUUUCCUUCAGCUGGCAAGAUUGACAUUUUGAAGCAACGUGAACUGGAGAGAAGGAUUUAUUAUUUGGAGCAAGAAACUGACUUUAUAAACUACAGAUUGGAUCAAGCAAGACGAAAAUAUUUGACCUCAGAUUCUUAUUCGCUCAAGACUGAGAAUAUACUUCCAACGGAUAAAUACAAGCUGCAGCAGUCCCUUCAGCACGUGUCAGCAGAUCUUAUUUGUGACCAUGAAACGCUGGGGUCCACAGUCAAGUGCAAUGAACAGAUGUUGGAAAAAGAGAAUCUCAAGAGAGAGUCUGAGCAUUUAGGUGGCAAAAAAGAGAAAUACAGUUUCAACACUAACCAACGUCAACUUGAAGAGAACCUUCAGAGGAAUUUAGAGAUGAUUGGUCUGUCUUUAGAGAAAGACCAGCUUUUUAAGGAUAAAUGUGAACUGCACCAGUCUGUCCAGCAACUGUCUGCAGAUCUCAGUUGUGCAGAGAGAGACAACGACGCACUGGGGUCCACAGUUUCAAGUCUGCAUGCUGAACUUUUUCAAGUCAGGUGCAGUGAACAGAAGUUAGAAAGAGAGAAACUCAAAAUAGAAUCUGAGCUCUUAGGAAGCAGAAAAAUCAAUGAAGACAUGUUACAUGAGUUAAUGUCGCUACGACAAAAAAUGUGUUCUUUUGAGGAAACUAGUGUCCAUUUCGAGAGCGAGAAGAGGGUUCUUACAGCAAGAAUCAAAACUCUGGAGACUGACCGACAACAGCUGAUCAGCCAAAAGAACUUGCUUCUACAAACACUCAAAAAAUCAAGAAGAGAAAAAAACUGUGACUCAAAGCAACAACUGGAGAGAACAACAACAGAAGUCCAAGCUUCAGAGGUAAAAGAAUGUGUGAACUGUAAAAAACUGAAGGGAGAACUCUGGGAAGUUAAAAAACAACUUGCCAUUCGCCAGCAACCUGCUCAAAAUAUCAUGCAAAGUUGUGGGGAAUCCAUUUGCAUUGAAACAAAGCCUCCAACUGCUGAGAAGAAGCAUGUAGAUGCUGAAGAGAAGACCAGGAAACUUUUACUUCAAUUUGAAGAGGUACAGAAAAGCAUAGAAUACUUGGAAAGUCUGAGGCUGAAACUUGAACUAUUGGUGGAGAAAAACAAAAGAAUAAUCAGUGAAAGUACAGACUGGGAUGAAAUAAUUGAGAUAAUGAAAAAACAGAAGAAUUUUCUUUCAAGAAUGUUAAAUCUGAAGCAGAUGAUUUCAGAAAGUACUCCACUGAACCUGGAGAGUGGGACCUGGCAAUGUAUUCAUAACCCUGAAAUUCAAGGGAAAUCACAUGGUCAGAAACAAGAACAGCUAAGAACAAGAUCUCAUUUUAAGCAGACUAAAGAAGAAACAGAAAGCGAAGAUUCUGGUCAAAGAUUACAGGAAACUAUAUGUCGACAUGAGAACCAACCGAAAACAUGUAUUGCAUGUACCGAGAACAAAAGCAACGCUGAGGGCUCUUGGGGAAAAGACACCCAGCUACAGCAAGAGGAAGUGUCAACGUUAACAUUGAGUAGUGCAAUCAAGGACAUUGAAACGUGGAGAAAACAAAAUAAGAAAAAUCUUGAACACCUUCUUGAUGAAAAUAUCUACCUGAAGAAGGAAGAUCAACUUAAAGUCAACAAGAUUACUGCCCUAAUAAUUGAACUGAAAAAUCUGAGGAAGGCCUACAGUGCAGUUUUAGGGCAUUCUGACAGCCCUGAAGAUACAGAAGCUAUAAACUGGAUCAACAGAUCAAAACUUUUAAAGAAUUGCAUUGACAUUAUAAAAAACAAUGAUGAGAAACUAAAUUCAUUAUGUGGAGAAAACCGAGAAAUUCAAGAGAAAGUCGUGCAAAGACAGCUGUUUGUGAUGAAAGAGGAAAUAGCAGUUCUGAAGGCUGUCAUUCACAGAAAGAAUAAAUCGUUAACAGCACUGGCAAUAAUGACAAAACUUCUUGAAAAGAGAAAUGAAGAACUUGUCGAAGGGCAAAAAGAAAUGAAACACCUAGAAUGAGCCAAAAAGUAAGUGAAAAAUCACAUGGCUUCGAACAUGAAGACAAUUAAGAAGUUAACACAUCCUCGACAUUGGAAGGCUGUUUUAUUUUUUUUUUUUUUUUUUUUUUUUUUUUUUUACAGUUGGAACUAAAUUAAAAACUACAAUAAAUCUAUCUCCAGUGCUGCUGUGGACUGGUGGGUGUUUUAGGUUGAGGGCAUUAAGAACCAAUUUGAAUAAUGCCAUCUGUAUGGUCUACCCUUGAAAAAUGCUGAUUUCUUCCAUUUUUAAUGUUACUUAGAUGAUGGAACCCUACAAGACAAAUGAGGGUUUGUAAAAUUGAUCGAAGCAGUUGUAGGCACUGUAAGGUGCGGUUUAAUUGAUUCUAUUAUUAUCAUUAUCGGUGAUUAUCAAUAAAGUAUAAUCAAGACUUGAAUUACUCAUGAUUAAAACUUAAACAGAAUUGAACAUUCAAUGAUUCCAAGAUAAAAAGGUUAUAUGUAUUAACAACCCAUUAACGUGAGGCAUGUAAUGGAGCCACUAGCAUAACAGUAGUCAGAAUAACCAGCCUUGUUACCUGUGUACUGGGAGUUCACUUGAGCAGAGCCCUCUUCUCUGUGUGGAGAGGGGCUUGGGGGUCCGUCCUCUCAGGGGCUUCUCACUGAGCAACUCACAGACACCCCAUAUUUAUAUAGUCAAACAACUAUUUGCAUUCUCAAGCCAUCUUGAGAUUGCCUGUGCACUUUCCGCUCCCACUCCAUGGGCAUUUAGUUACUUCAGACUAAUUCUUAACAGAUCUGGACCAUACCCAAGUGCUUUCAGUCAUCACUUCUCUCGCCCCUAGCAUUGGUUUUCUCAGCAGCUCAGCUGGACAAAAGCAAUGGCCAAUUACAUACUAAUUCUUGCAAAUGUCUGUCACCAUAUUUCUCUUCAGCACUAAUUAACAACAUUGUUUUGAAAAUAUAAACAUAUCUAUGGCCCUAUAUACUUAUUUCAAUAUUCCUUGCCAAGGCACAAUGCUGUACUUAGUUCCAAUAUAUUAACAUAAUUUAUAUAAAGCCUUUAACCAAAGACAAGUAAUAACUGGUUAUUUCUACAAUGUUACUGUUUUAGCUUUGUGUAUCAAGUUGACAGAUUUUAUAAUGAAUGUCUUUCAGUUAUCAUAUGCCUCCAAAAUCAAUUUUAAA